AAAGUGUUCAUUACGAGGGUGGUGGCUGCAGUGCAACAACGAGCAGAUUUGUGUUUUUUUAAAACAGAUUGCAGCGAGUAUUUGACCAGACGUUAAAGCCAGAAAUUUUUCUCAACAGAAGAGAAUGGCUUCUCUGUUUCUGUCUCGACAAAUGACUUUUGGUAUACAGCAAAAAACAAGAUUAUUGGUGUCCUGUUGUAGGUAUAUUGGUCAAACCACGGAAAAAAAAAACCAAUUUGACUUUGAAUAUGACAGUCCACUUAUGAAGACACAAGUUCCAGGCCCUAAAUCAAAAGAAUUAAUAAGGCAACUGAACACCAUUCAGAAUGCUGAUGCUGUGAACUUUUUUUGCAACUAUGAAGAAAGCCGUGGAAACUAUCUUGUUGAUGUUGAUGGCAAUCGAAUGUUGGACCUUUACUCUCAAAUAUCAUCUAUUCCAAUUGGUUAUAAUCAUCCAGCACUUGUAAAGGUUAUGCAGCAACCACACAAUUUGAGCUCUUUCAUCAAUAGACCGGCCCUUGGAAUCUUGCCACCUGAGAACUUUAAAGAGAAAUUGGAGGAAACCUUAUUAUCUAUCGGUCCUAAAGGCUUAAAUCAAGUUAUAACAAUGUCCUGUGGCUCUUGCUCCAAUGAAAAUGCAUUUAAGCUAAUAUUUAUGUGGUACCGGAGCAUAGAGCGAGGCCAUAACAGUGUCACAAAAGAGGAAUUGGAUUCAUCCAUGAUUAACAAGUUUCCAGGUUGUCCAGAUUACAGCAUUUUGUCUUUCAUGGGUGGAUUUCAUGGAAGAACUAUGGGAUGCCUGGCAACCACUCACUCUAAACCAAUCCACAAACUGGACAUACCUUCUUUUGACUGGCCUAUUGCCCCAUUCCCAAAGUUGAAAUACCCUUUGGAGCAGUUUGUGAAAGAGAACCUGGAUGAAGAGAAUCGUUGCCUGGAAGAGGUGGAAGAUCUAAUUGUCAAAUACAGAAAAAAGAAAAAGACCGUUGCUGGAAUUAUUGUUGAACCCAUCCAAUCAGAGGGGGGAGAUAAUCAUGCUUCUGAUGAUUUUUUCAGAAAAUUAAGAGGCAUUGCUAAAAAGCAUGGCUGUGCAUUUUUGGUAGAUGAAGUGCAGACUGGGGGAGGAGCUACUGGGAAAUUUUGGGCUCAUGAACACUGGAAGAUGGAGGACCCAGCUGAUGUGGUCACAUUCAGUAAGAAAAUGUUGACUGGAGGUUUUUUUCACAAGGAUGAGCUUAGACCUGAUGCUCCAUAUCGAAUUUUUAAUACAUGGCUUGGAGAUCCAUCCAAAACCAUCCUAUUGGCUGAAGUGUUAAAUGUCAUCAAGCGAGAUGAUCUUCUGAACAAUGCAGUGCUUGCUGGGAAGGUUCUCUUGGAUGGUUUGCUGGAGCUUCAGAUUCAUUACUCACAUAUUGUAAGUAGAGUGAGAGGUAGAGGUACAUUCUGUUCAUUUGAUACUCCAGAUGACGCAACACGAACAAAGUUGAUAUUUCAAGCAAGAAACAAAGGUGUUGUGCUAGGAGGAUCUGGCGAUAAGUCUAUCCGCUUCAGACCAACUUUGAUUUUCAAAGAGCAUCAUGCACACUUAUUUUUGAAUAUUUUUAAUGACAUCCUUGCGAAUUUCAAGUAGAAGAUAAUUGUUUUAGCUGCUUUAGUCCAAUUAAUUAAGGGACUACUAAUUUAUAGGUCUAACAUUAUGGGUGAAACAGAAGACAUAAAAGAGCAGCUUCAAUGUGCCAUACUAUAUAUUUUCAUAAGAAAACUAAAUAUUAAAGCUAUUUGUGUUGAGGAAUAUUGUAAAGCAUACAUUUAAGAAUCAUUCAAUACAAAAUAGAUUUGUCCAAUUAUCAAAAAAAUAAGCAAGAUUAACAGAAAUGUUCAUUGCCUGCCUUUCCAUU